UUUCUCGCGACACAUAGGAACACAUAAUGGGAGGGGUAGGGAGCCGCAAGCGCAGACUGGCUCUACCAGAGCCUCAGUUUGGUCGAGGACAGUUUCAAGAUGGAUGCUUUCGCCCUCGAUAGGUUUCUGUUUCUUUUUCGUGACGAACGCGUUCGGUUCGAUCCCCCAGCGUGAAUAACUGAAGACCUUUCUAAAUAACGCGGAUUUACUGACCUACGGAACUGUUUAAAAGUGUAUUUGAGAGGAUAUCUUUGUGUCUACGUGUCCGGACUGUCGCUUAUUUUGUAACUUCCUGGUUGUGUCGCAUAAAUAUGUCUAUCGAAGCUGCGGCGACAGCUCAAGUUACUUCAAAAUCUUUACUGGUAACAGGAUACACGGGACUUUAUAUGUCUGUUGAUAGGUUUAAAACGAGAAACAACUGUCGUGAACGAAGGGAAAAGGGAGAAAGACCGAUUUCAUAAGUGCUCAGCAAUGGAAAGUGGGAAUGGUGGUGCCUCGAGUAAAGGCCAUUUAGUACCCGUCUCAGAAAGUUCUCUCGUCUUUCAAAACAAUAUUCUGACUCCAAUUAAAAGUGCGUACUUGUAUGAGGAGUCAAAGCAGUCUUUUAGGUACAAGUCCGCUGCCUUGGUAAAAAACCCAGCACUGGAAGAAAAGUAUUAUGCCUUCCGAGCAAAGAGAAGAGAAGUAGGAUAUUCAGAGGAGGAUCUGAAAGAAUCCUAUGGGUUUUUGCUGUUCGACGAUGUCAACAAGGCUAAUGAUCUUGGAGAAACUGGCGUGCUCACAGGAAACAGCACAUGCACAACUCUGGGAAAUCCUUCCAAAGGUGUUUACAUAUCAAUGUACUCUGACUGUUUGGAUCUGAAUCGCUGGUAUCAUGGGAAAUCUGGAUACAUUGCCAUCAUCAGGCUGACAAAGGGUAGAGUCAAAAACGUUUCAGAGAACUACACGCAGAAUCUCACUAGACCCACUGCAGGGUUCGACUGUCAUGUGUCGGAGCAGUUGCCUUCAGUGUCUGCUAAAACAAGCUCCUUUCUCGCCUUUGAGAGAACCCAGUAUUACAUGUAUGAGCUGCUAAAUGAUGAAAGCAAUGUUACAGCCCAAUCUCCCAGUGCUGCCUGUCCUUUUGCAAUUGUAUCAUUCUCAUAUACGGAUACCAAAGCAACACCUGUAGCAUCCCCAGAGAAAAGAGUGGAGAGAAAACUUGUUCCUCAUUACCUUCCAUGGAGGGGUCAGCUUGAACUAGGGGCCCAGUUCUAUGAUGUUGGGCUAAGGACUACGGCAGGGGCCUUGAUUCCUGCAGAACUGCCACCAGUGGUAAAAAUUGAUCAAGCAAUAUCCAUGUCAGAUCUGAGACAGUUGUUGCCAAAAGCCGUCUUUGAAAGCUGCUUCUCUGGUGAAGUCUUUCUAGAUGGCUUGUACUGCACUCUGUGUGAGUUUGUUCCCUGUGGGGCAGUAGAAACCCAGUCACUUGCUCUGCUUCUGCGGGAGGUCAAAGAAAAGGAUCUAGCUCUGACUUUUCAGCUGCAUGAUGGUGGUUUUCUUAUCCUGUUGCACUCUUCUCAUUUCCUCACAUAUGAUGAUACUGGGUCCGAUGGAACUGAUGUCCUGCAAGGCAUAUUUGUGUUUCCAGUGUCACAAGUUAUACGGAGAGACACAAAACUUGUUCAGCGAAAGCCUGCCAUCUCAACUGACAUCCUUCAGGUUCUACCAGUGCUAAGUUAUGCAGAAUGUGAAGUUGAGAAAACCCCGAUUGACCCAGGCGAAGAGCUGUGUGAAGUCUUGGCGCAGCAUAUGCAGAGUUACGCAGCACUAAUAAAUCCUGGGUUUGCAUCAAUUUCAUCCAGGGAAGUCAGCAUCUUUCCAGAUCAGUAUGAUGUACCGGUUGCCCACAAGCACCUCUACUUAUCCCCGGAGUGGACUAACAGGGCAUGGCAGAGCUUCAGGACUUACCUCAGCAAACCUCUCUCUUUUCAACUGCCAGUGUCCAAGGCUUCAGAAAUCCUUGCGACUGGACGAGAGGAUCGAAUGGAAGACCUUGACAAUGAUGAUGUCUACAUAUUUUGCUCAUCUCCUGAAGAGGAACCAGCUGAUUCUGUUAGCAUGGAGUCAGAGGAUCAGUUGACAGGACGGAGAUCUCCUGUAAACGUUAAAACACUUGUUGACACUUGUAUUAAAAAUGCUGCAACACAAGUUGACUCUACAGAUGUCUCUCAAAAUGUUCUAGCAAAUGAUUUGCAAGCUGCAGAUGUUUCCCAAGACACUGGCAAAUUUGAUCUGACUGUGCUGAUCAAAGCUGAUGAGAUGGCGUCAAAAAGUCUUUUGACUCCUUCUAAAUCAGAUGACCUUCCUGCAGAGCUUAUUGUCAGCAUCACUUCUGCUGAGGGAACUGUCACUGAUGAGGGUUUAAGUAUAAUCGGUACUGUAUCUGCAACAAAUCACAAUGACUUUCAUUUGUCUGGUUUUACAACAGACAAAUUACAAACGGCAGGAGUGAACUCUCUGAAUGAUAAGACGGUUACAACCAAAAACAUUUUGGAUUGCCCAGAGGUCCCCAAUCUCUCAAAAACUCAACGGAAGAAACUACGCAAGGUAAAUUCCAAAGGUCGGGAAAAAAAAGUAUCCAAAGCUUGUGUUGACCUUCCCAGUUUACAAGUACCAGAAGUGGAUGACAACUUAAAGAGUCAGAAGGAAGGCCAGGCUAAGGAAUCUUCAGACCAACCACAGUUGGGUAAUCCUUCAAAAAUUGAUAGGAGGAAAGGUCGGCCAAAGGGCACAUUAAAAAAACUGUCAGCAAAAGAUGAGAAGGUUACAUCUGCUUCUGUUGGAUUAACAGUACCAGAGGAGAAAAAGAUAGACCCUGGACAGCAGACCUUGGGAGGCAACAUUUUAAUGGAACUUGAAGCUUUACCUUUGAGAAGAAAAACCGAGCGCUGGGACUUAAAGCCAGUCAUCAGUGAAUGUGGAAGAAUCUUGGUUCCUCAUGGCUCUGUUGAUUUUGCCGAUCAGAUAAGGUCUUUAAAAGAUAAACUUCAAUCUGAUAAAGAUGAACUCAUACCUGAAAAAGUGUUGGCUGAUGCCUCUGUGAAUGCUCAUGAGGCAGUCGAAUCAGUGGGUGGAACAGAGGCCUCAACAUCCAAAGAUGGAGGGAACACCCUUCAAAACGCUGUUGACAAUGAGGUCAAUCCUGAACACAAUAUUUUAGGAGCAUCAGAGGAUGACAAUGGUUUAUUGACUCUGAAUCGAGAGAUUAUUGACCAUUCUUCAAAAACUGAUGUCAAAGCAACCCCUCCCUCAGAAGUUGUUAAAAGAAAAUACUUUCAUACCCUUUCUCCAAAAAGGAUUGCCACAAAGGGUGCAUCUCUGUUGAGUAAAUUAAAAUCAGUUCUUCUAAGAGGAAAGCGAAAAACGGCUCUUCUAUUGCCAGAGGAAACGACUGCAGAUACUGCACAAACAAGUGAGCCCUGUCUCAAGAAGAGCAAAUUUGACACAAGCGUUACAAGUGUCCAGGAAACCAUUAUGCAUGUCGCGGAAGCUUCAAAGAGGCUGUCAGUUGACCCUCUUUUUGCAUAUGCCCUAGGCCUGACCCCUAAAGAGACACCAGAUAAUAUACAGAAGACACAGGAUCAGGAAAACCAACAAAGGAAAGAAUCAUCAGGGACACAAGUACAAACCAUUUUGGACAACCAACCUCAAAUCCUACAAAAGCCUCCAUCAAUCUUUCCGAGAAGGGGAAGGAUUAAAAUGCUCAAAAAGCACCAAGGCAUCCCUACAGAUUGUGUUAAAAAGAAAUGGUGGUUGCAUUUUCAAACUCCAGCUUGUUAUGCCAGUGAGAAACUCAAAUACAAAGAGAGUACUAGAGAUAAAUCUGUCAGGAAGACUGUUAAGGAAAAAAAGAACAGUACUUGCUCAUCUACAGAUGCUUUGAACUUACUUGCUGACUUGGCACUCAGUGUCAGUAAUGAAAAGGUUCCACCACAACCAGAUCCAGCUCUUGAGAGAAAACCUGAGACAAGUUUGAAGAAGUGUCACCUUACAAAAGAUGUUACCAGUGCUGAACAAGAGUCAGUUCUUCAUUCUCUGCUUAGACAGCCUGCUGCUAGACCCAUGCAACCUCUUGAGUGUCCUUCUCCAAGCCACCCUGUGGGAUGCAGUGAAUUGGUUGAUUUGAUAUCUAAAGAACAUGCUUACUCAUUGCCCCCGUCUUCCUCUCUACUGUUGGGUCUGUCAGGUACACCCUUCCAGGUUUCCCCUUUAAGUGGUUCUACCAGACUGCUGCAACAUCAACAGAAAAUGUUUGGUGAUGGAAUUAAUACACUACACCCUACUGCCAAGAAAUUAAGGACAGAACAAAACCACAGGACUCCUGAGUACCUGAAAAUAAACAAGGUGUGCAGAAUACAAUUCAGAAACUCUCGUACCUUUGCUAACAAGGAUGGAUCUAUCCAAGUCACAAAGCAUUGGAAAGAAAACUAUGACUUUGAUCUGGACAGCAAGUUCACAAAUGACUCAAAGGAUAGAACUAUCAUCCGAGCCUUGCAUGGCCCAUGGGAUUUCUCCAUUGAAGACGCCAGUGAAGAGGUGCGACUGAUCGUCCACAUGUGGAUCGGUCUGUUCUACAGCCGGUCAACAGACAGGUUCUUUAAUAUUGACCUAUGUUCAGAAGAGAGUGAUUCUUUGGAAAUGUCCUGUGGAAUGGUGUCAGCAACAGCUCAGCCUGAGCUCAAGGUCAACUCAUUGGUUCCUCUCCCAAGUGUAACAAAGACUGCAGACCCAUUGAUUCCCAAUGCUAUGGACCUCAGCAAGAAGGAUGAUUCUGUGUUACGGCAAGGAUCUGUGAUUUUGGACUUGUCAAUGAGAAACUCCAGUGCAGAGAUAGUCACUUCUGAUUCACAAAACAGAAUGAAAAUUUUUGUAUCCAGUAAUCGGAAAUACACCGUUGACACCUUGAACCCUCUCAAGUCAUCUGCGGGACAACAGAAGACCAUCACAACUCAGUGUUACAAAAAGAUGGUCCAGUCCACAAUGAUUGUCAAUGAGACGAAUGAUUUCCGAAGCACUCAUGAAAAUAUGACUACUUCUACACCUUUGCAAAAAGAUGGAACCAUGGAGCACAAUGUUCUACACAUUUUUCAAGGUGAUGGAACAUACAUUCCUGCACAAGAGAUGAAACUAAUAUUCUUUCAGCCAGAAAAUGAUGACAAUGCUCCACGAAUUGGCCACUUGUUAUUUGGAUGCAAAAACGAGAAGUCCAAAAUGAUAGAUGGCAUCUGCAAUUCAGAGGCUACAGGGAUAAGUUUGAUUGAAAAACAUGGAAAGGAUUUCUACAAAUCUGUGAAAGGUAUAGAGGUGGACCUAAACAAAAAAGCAUGUGUUGUGGUUCCUGAAGUUGAGCAUGAUGAAAUUAAAGCCAUUCAAAGAAAGAAAGAAACGCCAUGCCAAGAAAGCAAUGAAGAACCUUCUCCAAAAGUAAUUCAUACAAAUCAUGAUUCUACAAAGAAAGAAUCGGGUAUAGUCUGCAAUGGAAGUCUUGUAGAAAAUGAGAAGCCGUUAUCUAGGAAGGAAGCUGUAGCAGUCUCACCAGGCAAGGAUGAAAUUGUUAAAGAAGAUCUGGAUUGUUCUACAGUACUCAAAGGUGAAGUAAUCGAAGAUGCCUCUGGAAAAGGAAUUGGACUUGAUCAGAAAGACAGUUGCGUUUCAGCUGUGGUCUCGUUAAAGCUGGAUUGCAUCAAAGAGUGUAGUCACAAACCACCAUUGGUUGAGCAACAACCUGAGGCCAACCAGGAAAAUGACAGGUCAGGUGAAAAUGCGAUGUCAGAAAAUACAGAAAAAGCUCAAUUAGAAAUUAAGUCUAUUUCUAAAGAUCUUGCCGUCGAAGACAUUUCAGAAAUUGGUAUCAGUUUGGCAGAUAAUGUGCAUUAUCAGAUGGCAUUAUCACCCAGAUCUGAUGAGAAGAACUCUAUUGUGGAUGGCUCUAAUGCAGAUGGGCCUAUUCCCCUGACCAAAGACCAAUGUCAAAAUGGAAGCAAUAACAGAGUAUUGGCAAACUUGACUCGGAGUACUCACAAUCAUGAAGACCAGGAUACCAACUCAAUUGAGGCAGAGAAAAAGGUUGUUGACGCAACUCAAAAAGAACUAUUUCCUCAUCAGUCUCAAUCCCCUCAGUGUGAAGCUGAAGUGGCACUGAUAAAGGAAACGGAUGUCAAUCAGAUCUUCAAACCAAAUAAGGAAUUGGAAAAGAUCUACAAGGGAAUUGUCAUUCCAUUUAUUGGAAUCGACACCUCCCAAGAGGAUGCAGAACAACCACACAAUUCAAGCUCAUUAGGCAAUAUUAAAGAAGUUGUCAAGGAAGGAGUACCAAUGAUCUGUGUUAGUACCUGCCCUGAAACUGUCCUUCCCACUGGGGUAUGCAGUACAUCUAAAAUAAAUAUUAAAAAGGCAGAACUGUAUGCUGAAAAAGUUUCUGGAAGUGAAUCUGACGACCGGUGCCCUACCCCAACUAUGGAUGAGACACCAUAUCAGCACCCAACUGGCUCUGGCCCUAUAAGUAGUAGUGUAACGACUUUUUGUGGCAGUGAAACCUCCAAAAACAGCAGAGGCUUAACAUCCCUACAGAAUGAGAUGCCUAACAGGUCUACAGUUCACAGUGAUGCCAACCCACAUAAUGAUCUUGACCCUGAUGUGGAACUAAGAACUCUUAGAGUUUUAAAAAGUAUACACAAGUACUUCUCAAAAUCAAACCAUGUUGACACAUCCAGCCAAAUUCAAACAGCUGACAAACACUCUCCGGAUAAAACCCCUAACCUCAGAAGCAAGUAUAUCCCCUCUGGCAUAAUGCCAAGCCACACAUCAUCUGACUUUGACGACAAGAAAAUGAGCAAUACAACGUCGACAAUGACGUCAGCCUCUACCUCACAAGAACUGCACAAAGAAUCAACAGCUCACAUCCUUAUAGCGCCUUUCAAAAGCAAACUAGAGGAAGUACUUGGAGUAAAGUUGCAGCUACAGGAAACUGAAUCAUCAGUUCAUCAACUUCUCGAAAUAAAUGAUAAAUUACAAGAAACCUCCAUUGGGCCAGAUAUGUGUCAUCCCUCAAGAUCCAUUCCCUCCACUGAGAGUUUGCAAGACAUUAAUCAAAAUACUGACCAAGAUGAACAUAACACAACAUCCAAGACCAAUUUAAGUCAGGAACCACGUUCAUACAGUCAGCGUCCUAUCAUGGCAGUGAAACCUUCCAAGAGUGAUGAAAGUAAAGGAGAUUUCAUUUCUAAAGACAAGCAAAUGGAAAACACUGUAAUGUCACAUUUUUCGAAAAAUGCAAAGACUAAAUCCACAGAAGUUGCAAUCAACACAAUCCUUACCAUGUUCUUGGAGAAAAAGACAGAAAGCCUCAAGAGAACUUCUGAAGGCCUUGAUUAUAAGCAAGGGGCUAGUGAGCUUCCUCCAAAGAGAAGUUUGUUAUCAAGUGUUCGUGACAGUGAGCCCAAAUCAGAUAAAGAUGAAUUUAUACUUCUAGAUUCCUUCUGUCAGCACCAAGGAAGUGACAUAACACAAUUCAACAGGAUUCCUUCACCAUCUCUACCUGUGCACUCUUGUGAUUCUGAGCAAAAUUAUUCUGGACUUGUUGAUGGAAACCAAGGAUUCAUGACAAAUGUUGAGAAAAUUGGGCAAGCAACUAAACAGAGCAUUGAGAUGUAUCAGAAAAACUGCUCAAAUGCAUCGACUUCAGAUGCAGAUUACAAACAAUGUGGCGUAAUAGAUGACAGUCUUUCAAUGGGACCUAACAGCUCACUCAUGUGCACGGUCCAUAAUUCUAGCCAGGAGAUAUCUCCUUCUUUUCUGGAGCAGGUUUCUCAGAGGUGCAUUCAAGAUGACCCUACUGAGGCGUCAAUGGAGAAGGAGUGCCUAAUCUUCUCAGAACAAAUGAAACUGCUUUUAAAAAGGAAGAACAGGGAACCCAUUUGCCAACAGGACACGCAUGAUAAAGUGAAUUUCUCAUGCGUCAGUCCCAUGACUGUGCACUUUAGCAGUCUAGAAGAGCAGGAGGAUUCUUUGGAUCCAUUGGCACAUUUGGAUGCACCGUCAUUUAUUGGACAUAAAAUCAAGGUAGACCUGUCCGAGAGGAAAGAUCUUGCAGUCUCUGCUGAAGAAGGAAGUACUUUGCAUCCUCAGAAAUUAUCCCAAGAAACAGAUAACCCAAUGAAACAUCCUGGAAUUUCUGGUUUGAAAUCUGAGUAUGCCAGACUGUACAAGGCAAUGAUGAAUGAAGUCUGCGAUGCCAACAAGGUCUCACCUAGACCGAAGCACUUCCGAAUGGAUAGAGGUUACUCAAAGACUGAACCAAGUAACCAUUUUGACUUCUGUGAUCAAAUGAAGAGAGAGAUGGAUGAGAGUUUUCGCAGCAAUCUGAAUUCAGUUGUGAAGAAAUCCUGUAAAACAAAAUACAGAUUCUACAUAAUGGUGACGUCAGAGGAAGACUUCUUUGAAGAAACCAAGGUAAGACUAAUUUAAAAAAACUUCAAAUUGUGUAUUUCUAUAAAGCUUCUAUUAACUAUAUUGUUUUGCUAACUAAAAUGGUAUGCUACCCAAACAUAUUUUUUGACAAUGUAAAACUCAUCCCUUGUUUAGAAAAUUACCGUAAAACAUAUUUUGAGAUUAGAGGUUUGGUCAGAUGAAAAUGAAAUGUCUAAACAAAAUAUAACUGUCUACUAUUCUUCUGAGUCCUCACUACCCCAGGACUAUGAUCUGUCCUACUGCACUGUGACCACCCCAAUGCAAUCCUUCUGUUGCAUUGAGACCCUUGUGUUUCUUUGCUGUACAUUUGCUACAAUAAAACAAAUUGUUUGUAAAGCCACUGUUAAUAGUAAUUUAACACCACAGUGAAAAUAAUGUUCCAAUGUGGCAAUUAUAAGAAUUUAUUUCAAAACUACCUAAAUGUGAACAAUAUCAUUAAGGUAAGCUACGUUUUGAUGAUCUAACUUAAUAACACACCUACGGAGACCAAAAUAAAAAAGUCUCAACAAUGCUUUUUUAAAGCAAUGUCUUAAGCCAUUAUUGUGUGAAUCACUUGAAUACAUGUGAGUCAUAUGCAUGCAGGCGAGGCUGGGGACAUUUCCAUGUAAUACCUUUUUACACCGUAAACAUAUUUUCACAGAAAUCUGUCAUGUCCACUAGUAACUUCUAAUUUUAACAUAAGGAAGUAUCAUUGUGAAACGUUUCUUACAUUCUUUUUAUCAAGCCUACGGUUAUAACUGUUUCAAAAUGAAAAGAUACAUUUUGGGUGGAGUAACUUU